CUCGCGUACAGAUUUCGGCGGCGGUGCUGGAUCAGGGAGGGCCGGCCGCCGUUGAAUUUGCACUCCUUUCUGCGCGCGGGCGCGUUCGAUGGCGGUUGCUUAAUCUGCGGCCUUAAUCCGGGCGGUUAGUGCAGUGAAUCUGCUUUGUUCGGUGCGCUUGCUGGAGGGGUGGCCGGCUGUUGAGGCUCGUGUACGGCCGGCGCGCGGAGGCACGGGCAAUCUCCGGCGGGCGGGGUGGUCUAGAUUCUCUGCUCUCCGAGGGCACGAACAAUACCAGAUUGCGAGUGCGGCGGCUCUGCUUGGUCUCGAUCGGGUCGGGGAUUGUUGCGGGAGAGCGGACACUACUCCAAAGACUGCCAAAACUUUGAGUCAGUCUUCAAGAUGUCGAGGAAGACAUUCGACUACAUUUGCACUCUUAUUACUGGGGACUUCUCAAGAAAGCCGCAGGGUUUCAGAAAUUGCAGGUUUGGAGACAAGACGAUUCUUGCGUUGGAGGAUCAAGUAGCUGUUGCUCUGUUGAGACUGACGACUGGCGAAUCACUUUUGAGCAUAGGGAAUCUCUUCGGAAUGAACCACUCAGCCAUCUCAAACAUCACUUGGAAGUUCAUCGAGUCCUUGGAGGAUCACGCAAUCAGUCAUCUGAAGUGGCCUGACCCUGAGGAGAUGGCGACCAUCAAAGCAAAGUUUGAAAAGCUCCAGGGCCUCCCCAACUGCUGCGGCGCCGUAGACACAACACACAUCCUCAUGUGCUCUUCAGCUCAGCCUAACAGCAAUGUCUGGCUUGACUGUGAGAACAGGAACAGCAUGGUUCUGCAGGCCGUUGUCGACCCCGACAUGCGUUUCAGAGACAUUGUCAGUGGCUGGCCUGGCAGCAUGGAUGACUCCUGCAUCUUGCGCACCUCGGGCUUCUACAGGCUGUGCGAGAAAGGCGGGAGGCUGGACGGCCAAAUUGAGCUUCCUGGGGAGCCAGCAGGGUCAGUGGUCAGAGAGUACAUCAUCGGGGACACUGGCUACCCUCUCCUUCCCUGGCUGAUGACUCCAUACCAAGAGCCUGAUCUGUCUCCGGCAAAAGCAGCAUUCAACAAGCAGCACGCCGCCGCGAGAAUGGUGGUGCAGGGUGCUAUGGCCAGGCUGAAGGAAAGGUGGCAGGUACUCAAGGGGGAGCUAUGGAGGCCCGACAAGCAGCGGCUGCCCAGGAUCAUCUACGCCUGCUGCCUGCUCACCAACAUCAUGAUCGACCUCGACGACACACACAGAGAACGGGCACCGGCGUCGCACGACCAUGAUGACGGUCACUAUCAGCAGUUCAGCAAUAUGGCCGACGACAGUGCAGUCGCGCAAAGGGACCUGCUUUGCCAGUAUGUCAGCAGGCUCGGCAGCAAACUGCCGGAGUGAUUCUCGCCCUCUUCCCCGUUUUCUCUGCUCGACAUGAAACAAGUGAUAGCUAUAGAUCAUAGAAUCGUGAUGUGGAUUUUUGUUGCCCUGUAGACGCUUUGCUGCGAUCGUUGUUGGCAUUAUAUUAAAUAGGCCAUAGAAGUUGUAACCUGAAUUUUGUUUACUUCGAACAUAGCCUGCUUUGCUCGUUAUUGGCAUGAUAUUCGCAGGCAAGGGCAUUGUUGCAAUUCAACCUUGUCUCAUGAAAUUAGCAACUGAAGAUUUUGAUUCCUUA